AUGCUGGCCAGGAUCCCAGAUGGCAGAAGGACGCGGCAGAUCAGAACUUCGACUAUAUGUUCAAGCUGUUGAUCAUUGGUAACUCCUCGGUGGGAAAGACUUCGUUCUUGUUUCGGUACGCCGACGAUUCCUUCACGUCCGCCUUCGUGUCGACCGUCGGCAUCGACUUCAAAGUGAAGACAGUGUUUCGGCAGGACAAGCGGGUCAAGCUACAAAUAUGGGACACGGCCGGUCAGGAGAGGUACCGGACCAUCACCACGGCAUACUACCGAGGCGCCAUGGGCUUCAUCUUGAUGUACGACAUCACGAAUGAGGAGUCUUUCAAUAGCGUGCAGGACUGGUGA